ACACGCCCUUAUUUCAUUCCUGCCUCCAUAGCGACAAUUCUUCGCAUUUCAUGUGACCACCGUUACACGUCUAGCGCAUAGUAGUGGAAAUACCGGCAAACAUUACCGACUGGAUGCGAGGCAACGAGUUACAGCCAUAAUCUAAGAGGAAGACCAAAUUUUAAUCACCAAAACGUGUUCGUGUUUCCUCAAAACUAAUGACUACGUGCGGCGAUUAGAUAAAAAAGAAAAAAAUACAUAUUUUUUAGAGGUGAUUAGCUAUUAUCCUUACUUAUCGUUAAAAUAUACAUAAUUGGUAAUGACAAAAGAUAAUUUUGAUAUCGCAGUAGUAAACAGAUUUUUAAAACCAACUGAUUAAUUAUAGAUAAUUAAAUUAUAGAUAGGCAAUCCCGUCUGUAUCUUGAAGGAAAUUACGUGUAAAUAACUUAGUUUGAUCGUAAAGAGAAUAAGUAAGACUGAAUAUAUUAAUUAUAAUUGGCUCUGAAAUCUAAAUAACUUUGCGGGUCAUAAUGAGUUUACAGGUUUUCUUCACAUAAGUUUAGUCAUAAAUUAAUUUAUUCUCCAGCAAUUACAUCACGUUAUAAUGAGCUUUGAGGAAACGCAUAAACUCUAUCCUAUUUUACACAAUGUUAACAUUAACACAUAAUGCCGUUCAUACGAACAACCGUUAUUAAUUCUAAAUAUAUUUUUUCUUUUUAUUAGCAAUAGUUUAUUUAACUACAGCUAUUAUUUUAACAUGACUGCAUACAAAAAGAGAAUUUCAAGACAUGCCACAUAAAAGGAAACAGCAUAUUAAUAUUAGCUGGUUAUCGUCCAUAUCAGCUUGUUUAUUGCCUUUUGUUAGAUAAACACGAAUGUGCCACGUAGUCACGUCAGCCAAGAUUCAUAAAAAGUAACAAAAUAUUGUAACACUUGCAGCAAGUCUCAACUUUACAUCGCUUGUUGUUCACGCUAUCACAAUCUCACAAAUGGCUCGAAUGUUAGAACAAUUUUCCUCAUUAUCCUAUAUUAAAAAUGAAUAUACUUUCGACCAAUGAUCAUAGCCUCUUAAGGAUAUGUAAGACAGACAAAGUACUUAUCUCACAAGAAUUUAUUCGUAUCUUAAAAACUUGGUUUCAUUAUGACGAGUCAAUCAGGCGCCAAUUUUGUGUCUAUACCUAUUGCGGCUCAUUGCGAGUAUAAUAAAUUUCGUAUCGCACUUGUAAUCGAUGUUUUAUCGUCUAAGGUAUUAUAGUGUCGAUAAGAGCCACGCUCGAAUAUCAAUGAUUAAGUCCUUUGGAAUGUCCCUAUGUGGCUAGAUCUGGUUCUAUAUCUUAUAUGGUGCUAGAAAUGUUAAUUGCUUGCGUUAGCACGCACGUUGAAUAUAGGGCUCACAUCUUUAGACACAAGUAUUUUAAGUACAAGUUAUUAUUGGUCAAUGUCUUUAGUAGGAUAACAGCUCAAUCUUUUUAUUGCUGUUUAAGCAAAUUCAAACUUUUAACAAAAAAAUGGAGUUCUAAAAGAGGCAGUCACACCAACAAGUAAUUAUCUUAUGCUGCGGUUACAACGUCUCAUUCAUGUAAUUCAAAGACAAUGUAAAGAAGUCAAAUAUUUGUUCAGUUUUUAUUCUACUCAGAGUAUCUCCAAGGUAAAUAGCGAUAACUCCAAAAACAAGCUUCCGUGCAAACCAAGUGUUUACAUUAGAGUACAUUAGUUAUAAUAAGUUGGUUCGUAGAUUCAAUGCGUUCGCCGUAAAAACAUUAUCACAGCGUACUUACGUCGGCCGACGUUUACACAGCACUUUAUCAGUGUUGCUCGUACAUAUGUGUGAUGUUUUGCACACACGCUGAGUAAACACGUGAUGUGUUUAAUUGUGUGUCGCCAAAAUGUUGUGUAAUUAUAGACGGGGAAAAUGUAUUGUGAUUCGGGAAGGAUCUUUUUCCCCAGUAAUUAAGUAGAACAGAAUACGGUUGUUUUAGUUAUUUAAAUACCAAAAUAUAACGUGAAAUGGUUUUCGGGUUUGGUCAUACAUACAACAUAUUACCAUAAAGCCUAAAAAUCUAAUUAAUAUUUCACCGAGACGCAGUUUGUUCUAAGAAAUUUCUAUUUGUUUUAUCGUCAUAACGAAUAUGCAUAUACAAUGUACAUCAUUAUUCAAAUAAUAAAGGCGUUACGUCGACAGCAAACAAUCUAAUUGCAGCGCGUGUAAUGUUACACCAAAGCCUAUUCCUAUACAUUAGAAGCGACAUGUCAGCUUGGAACCUUAAUAUUAUUUAUUUAUGUACAGGCACGAUAUACUAUCACCCAUCACGUGUGUUUACACGAACAUUUAAAUAAUAAUUAAAAUAAAUGUUUUGAUUCGACUGAGAUAAGCGGGCGACUUCCUAAGUAAGGAAAACUAUACGUGGCAUUAAUAAUUAUGUUUGAAGACGGAUUUAUUCAGACUCGUUAUAUUUGAUAUUUUCAAAGUUUACAGAUUUAAAUGUCAACCGGUUUCACAACAUUUUAGACAUGUUUAUCAAGUGUAAAUCUCCAUUGUAGAAAAAAUGCCGCGGUGUUAGAGGCCAAGACUAAAAAAAUAUGACUAGUAAAACUGGCUAUCAGAUGGAGUGCUAAAUCUCAUUGUAAAUACAAUCAUUUUGUUGUCAGUUGUAGUUAAAAAUAUCGGCUAUUGAACGGAAUGUAGAAUAAAUAAUAUAAAAUUUCUGUGGGAAAGAAACGGAAAUAUCCUUUGUCUCCUUACUCCUUUAUCCUUGCCGUUCAGAUGGAUCGUUGGAAUUUCUCACGAGAAUUAUAAAUGUCUAUUGUUAGUUCCAUGUGAAAAGGUACGACUGGUCCUCAACAAUAGCAUUAUGUUCUGAAUGUGCAGAAUUCGCAUGGAGCAGACCUUUUAUUUUAUGAUUGAAAUACCCAGAGAAAAUAAACAAACAUGGGGUUAACGAACGAUAACAUACAAACGUUUGUACCUACUUGAAAUAGAAGUUGUUAACUUCACUGGUUUGCUGUAAUAGGAGCACAAUUUGAAAGGCAUUAGUGAGUUCAACCUCUUUAGUGGUCGCCCUAAUUUGGUUCGACGAGCACAAUGCUCUGACGUCAGCACUUCGUUGUUUUAAAAUAGGCUCCGUUAUAUUCAAGAUACACCUAUAUAGGCUAGGAUCUUUUAAUGUGAAAGUAUCAGUUAUAAAACUGUGCAAUCGCUACAACUCGAAUUCAAAUAUUAGUAAGAUGAAAUAAAAUACAAUUUAUGUAGUUCAUUAGGACUAGUUUUAUUGGGAAGCAGAUAAUAUACAGAUACAGAAUAGAACUAAAAAUAGAAAGUAACUAGACAAACAAUGGCACGAAAUGUUUACGGAUUUGGCUCACCGGCCUCGUAGGUUUCGCUCGAAUGACCUGCAGUAUUUAAAAAGUGGGCGGUCGCCUAUUUCGAGCUAGCACGGCGCAUGGCCACUGCUGGUGUUUACAUGUAAGUUCGUUACACAGCACACACCGGCCGACCCUGACAUUACCGUUAUCGAGCCGAUGUCGGCAAUAUUAAUACUGACGCUAAUGGACUGCCAUCCGUGCCCGCACCCAGACAACGCAUGUGCAUACAAAUUUUACGCAUUACAAUUCAAAUCAAAUAAAAUGCUACUUAUUACAGAAAUGUGAACAAGUCUAGUCGUUUUUUUAUUCGUUAGGACUCAGUAUUUCUAAAUCUCUUAAUGUCUAUAAUAUUGUACCCAAGAUUGGGCACAAAAACAAAAUUUUAAAUUUCCUGACAAAUUUCAGCGUAGUUUCAGACUUGAUAUACGAUACAGAUAGGUUUUUAAUGUUGGAAUAGAUUUAAAUAUUAAAGCCAUGUAUUCACUGAGCAACAGUGUUUCGGAUACACAGUUUCUGAAACAUCACGUAAAUGUUUCCAGGAACAAUGUUUCGGAAACUCUGCCGUCCACACAGUCAGUUGCUUAGGUCAUGUCGCCCGAGGAAGUAGUGUUGUUAUGUGGUGCCUACAUUUUUUUGCAUAAGUCCAUUUCUAGUAAAAAGAAACGUAAAAGAUGGUGGGUCAGGAAUUACUUGCUAAGAAGACAAGACGUAUUAAGUGAUUUAUGCAUGUUUGAUGGAUCAUUUAUAAACUUUCUACGAAUGUCAAAAUCAGAUUUUGAAUAUCUUUUGCAAAAUGUUGGACCAUUUAUAGAGAAACAAGAUACAAACUUACGAAGUGCAGUUACCGCUGAAACAAGGCUAGCCAUUACUUUAAGAUAUUUAGCUACUGGAGAUUCAUAUUCUUCACUCUCAUACACUUUUAGAGUUUCCAAACAAUUAAUCAGCCGGAUCAUACCCGAAGUUUGUAAGAAUAUAAAACGUGUGUUGAAGAACUACAUCCAGGUUCCGAGUUCCGAAGCGCACUGGAAAGAAAAGGCCCGUGAGUGGAACGAAUUAUGGAAUUUUCCACACUGUGUCGGAGCUAUAGAUGGGAAGCAUGUGGUUAUUGAAGCGCCUAGCAAUAGUAACAGUGAUUACUACAACUACAAAGAUCAGUUAAGUAUUGUACUACUGGCUAUUGUAGAUGCAUCUUAUAAUGUUAUAUAUGCAAACUGUGGUGCGAAAGGAAGAGCAUCUGACAGUGGCAUCUUUCAAGAAACGAGUUUCUAUCAAAGAAUGGUGGAACACCGUCUUAAUUUUCCAAACCAAGAAACGAUAUCACCAGAUGGACCUGACCUUCCUUAUGUAAUACUGGGCGAUAGUGCAUUCCCAUUAUCGGAAAACUUGAUGAGGCCGUACCCGGGUAUUCAUAACCGUGGCACAAUGAAACGAAUUUUCAACUAUAGACUCUGUAGGGCCAGGAGGGUUGUAGAAAAUGUUUUUGGAAUUUUAUGCGUGGUUUUUCGUGUAUUUCGUAAACCAAUUCCUCUCAAGCCUGAAAAGUGUGAACUUAUUGUAAUGGCAUGUCUUUACAUGCAUAACUUUUUAAGAAGGAAUAAACAAUCUAGAGCCUUGUAUACGCCCCCGAUGACUUUUGAUUUUGAAGACAGUGACCAUAAUGUCAUAGAAGGUGCUUGGCGUAGAGAGUAUACAGUUGAAGGAACUUCAAUUUUGGAAUUGGAAAGGCGACCUAGAAAUUCAGCACGUACUGCUACAAUCAUAAGGGAUCAAUUUGGUGAAUAUUUCAUGAGCGAAAGAGGAAGCUUGCCGUAACAAAACAAUGUAGCUUAAUGCUAUGGCGGUAGUGUUUUCGUAUAUGUUAGAUAGAAUAUUUACAUGCCUACAGCUGAUAACAUAAAAAUAAAAUAUGAAUAAUGCG